AUGAGUAAAUUUGACGAAGGAGAGGAAGUUGUAUAUGAAAAAGAUAAGAAAACUUACUACAUUGUAACAGUUUUAGGAAAGAAAAAACCUACUGAUACACAGAGUUACGCUGUUGGCGUUACUCCUAAGACUAACGACACAUUUGUCGCCAAUGAGGAUAAACUCAGCAAGAAAUAA